CUUCCAGGCACCCUCCACACCACACCCAUGGCCUGCUACAACCGCUGCAGUCCCUGCGGACCCACCCCACUGGCCAACAGCUGCAACGAGCCCUGUGCCCUGCAAUGCCAGGAUUCCCGCGUCAUCAUCAACCCUUCCCCUGUGAUGGUCACCCUGCCAGGACCCAUCAUGACCUCCUUCCCCCAGAACACCGCCGUCGGAUCCACCUCCUCCGCUGCUCUGGGCACUGAGCUCAAUGCCCAGGGACAGCCCAUCUCUGGCGGAUUUGGCUUUGGCCUUGGCUACGGCCUGGGAGGCCUGGGCUGCUAUGGCACAAGGGGCUAUGGCUCCAUCUGCUAA